AUGGGCUUGGAUAUCCAAUUUUCAAACAGACAAGUCAAAUGGAUAGACAAGUUCAUCCCAAUGAAGACUCCAGAUCAUUGGCAAAACCACACCAACUACUCAAUGGCAUUGGAUCGCAAUGUUCUGGAUAUCUACAAUGAUGAUGAUACUGAUGAUGCCUUUAUCAUGGAUUCAAAAUAUGAAGCUACUUCAGGUGCUGAAGUUGCUGACAAGCAAAAGCAUCUAACUGAAGAUCAGCGCAAACUUUUGGCUCAAGCGUUGAAGAAUACAGACGAGAUUUUUGAUGGUCAACUCGGCCAUUACAAGCAUGAGAAGGUUCACUUGGAGCUCAUUGAGAAUGCGCCACCCAUGUUUUCUAAAGCAUAUUCCAUGCCGAAACAACAUGACCCUGCAUUCCUCAAAGAAUUAAAACAUCUACAAGAGAUUAGAGUCCUUGCCAACAUUCAUCAUUCCAAAGAAGGACGGUAG